CGGAUAUAAGCAUCCACUCCACGCGUACGGAAAGCAGGAACGACAAUUGUAGGGGUUGUAAACAAGAUUCAACGGAUGAUAAGAAGCCACUCAAGGGAGUUCAUCUGACACAUGCAGUUUCAAGUAUGUCCUGAGGGUGAUUGAUACAUGAAGGAAUGCGUGCAUGAAGCAGCCAUGGAAUCUUCCAUGGUAUGUCGCUCUGCGCGAUGACGGCCACGUGGCACUUUGGAUGGCCCAUGUCUGGCUCUCAGCCUUCUGCCCAUGGCGUUUGGAGGGGCUCGAGAAUAACAAUGCUCGAGGUUUGAUGACACUCCGUUAGCAAAUCAGUUCCUGGCAAACCGAUUCCCGCCAGUUCAAUUCCUGCCAAUUCCACAAUUCAUGUCAUCCGAAAUCCCGCCAGUUCCUCAAUUCAUGUUAACUGAAUUCCUGCCAAUUCAAUUCCCGCCCAGUUCCCACGAACUGAAGAGCUCCUACACUCCGUGGGCGGGGUUAAUAUGUUUGCCACGUCACUUGAGGAGUCGAUAGGAUUCCAGCGAAGUUGAUCAGGAUUGAGACUCGUUAAUUAGUAGUCGUGCUUGUGCUGCACCCAGCCCAACCCUCCCAGAGGAGUCGAUAGGAUUCGACACUGGGAUGGAGAUGGCGUUGGCAAGGCGGCGACCACUGUUACUGCCAGAGACUUGCGCGGCACUGAGUCUUUUUCAAAUUGCAGAAAAGUCAGUGAGCUCCGAUGAACUGGACGGUCAUACAGAGACUGAUGGCUCUCGGCGACUGACCGUCACGGAGGGGAAGGUUGCAGGACCGGCCUUGCCUCCACUAGGGGCCGAGCAACACCCGCGGUUGAGGCCAAAACCCCGUUCAUCUGGUGGCACAAAGAUCCCAAUCGAGACGGCGGGACUCGAUCAGCCCGAAUCAACGUCGGGCAAAUCAGACGGUGCAGCACUGAUGAGGGAGAGGGGGAUGGACUCGCAUGCUGAGCUGUCCACUGCUUCAGAGCCACAUCAGCGGGCUCUGUUGGAUAACGCCGGUUUAGUUGGAGAAUUGGCAGGGGGAAGGCUGAGGGGAGGAGGAACCUUCCGCCUGGGAAUCUUGCGCUUGCCGCCCGCCCAAGGCCAUGGGCACCCUGACGUGGAGGGUGGUGGAUUGCGGUCCUGGGAUGCUGACCUAGAAGAGCCUUUUUCCGCAACGACGGGCGGCCACAGUACUCAGUCUGACACAUGGCAAAAGGAGAACACUGGGAUCCAGGUUUCCACAAUAAGUGAAAGAGCUGGAACAGGUGGGGAACGCCAGAAUCCAGGCACUAGCGUGGAAACUAAAGCAACGUCAGGGGCCAUGGAGAAGAUGGUGAAGGGACCGGAGCAGAUGGCUCGAGAAGGUGAACCAAUCACAGACGAGAACGUGUUGGCAGCCUUUACAGUAGACGGCCUGAGGCGCAUAGGCGUGUGCGACGGUGCAUUGGUGAUUGUGAAAUCGCUUGCGAAUGGGAUCGCCAGGGUGGCAAUUGCAACUGCACUCGAUUCUUCUAUGGUGACCCGGCAGCUCGGUGUUUCACCUGAUGAAAAUAACAGCAGCAGAUCUUCACGCAGGGGUCACCAGAACAGCACUUCUGUCUCUGAGACGGUGACGAAGUUGAUCACUGACCGGGUCCAGUUUUCCCCAGCAGAUGACGUGGCAUAUCUAUCGCCCAUGUUGGCAUUCAAUCUACAACUUCACCUCCAAUUGCAGCCUCAUGUGGAUCUCCCAUCUGUUCCUUUGCACGUAUCAUCAAAGUCUGAGUCUAUGGAAUCUUUGUCAACGCCGCCUGCACCUUUGUCCACGUCAUCAUCCAUGUCAUCAAGCUUGCCAGCUGUUGCAGGUAUUGGAAGGCUUCAAGCCAGUGGGCUUGAAGAAAGAGAUGGAGGGAAGGCCAGUCAGGAUGCACUCACGGUCGGGAGUCAGUUGACGGCACAAACGCCAGCUUCAUUGUUUUAUGUGGACAUUGUUCCUUAUUAUCGCGGCACCCAACUUAAGGCUGGAUUGGCAGCAGGUCAUGCAGGAGGAAGCAAGGCUCAUCAGGAAUCAUUAGCGGAACGCAGUAGGUCGGCAACGUCUGAACGUAUCGGUGUUGGAAGGCUGCCGACAUAUGCAUCACUGGUCCGUGUGGCAUCCAUCCCAAUGCCGAAGAUGGAGCCGUCGCUGGUCGACAAUCUUGACCUGUUUAAUCUGAUGAUACAGAGCGAGGGUAGUGCCGGCCAAUUCUCGCAGGGUGGUGGGAAUCGUGAGCCACCAGGUGACCCAUACAGCAAGAACAUCGAUGAAUCUAUCUGCAAGUAUUUUUCGGGUGAUCGCUUUGUUGCAAAAGGCGACGUCUUUGCAGUACCGGUUGUUCAUGGUGUGACAGGUAUGGUGGGGGGGAACAGCGGCAGUGGCGGAAUCUGCACUCAGCAGAAUGGAGUGUCGAGCGAGUCUGCACGGGCAGCCAAAGUUGUUGUGCAUUUCUACAAGGUCCUGUUUUUGCUGCCAUCAAAUGAGCCUUUCCUCCGCGUUCAAAAAGACCAUUCCACAUUGAUGCUUGCAGGAACUGCCACAUCGCUUCUUCCACCUGCGGAUGCUGUUUUGGGUAAUGGUACAUCGCCAUACAUCAUGCUUGGAGGGCUUGAGCCUCCUGCGGUCAGGGAAAUCGCCACACUCAUGGCUCCUCUGCUUCAUCCCUUGACUGCUCCUCUUGGAAUGAGGACGGCAAUCCUUCUUCAUGGUCCAGCAGGUGUGGGAAAACGGACCUCCACAAGGGCCGCUGCAAAGCGACUGGGAGUUCAUCUUGUGGAGGUGAACUGCUACAGUUUGCUACGGAGCUCGGAUGCGAAGAUGGCCUCGGAGGUCACUCGUGCCUUCAAGACAGCUGCGCAGUAUUCACCUUGUAUGUUGCUUCUCCGUAGGUUUGGUGCGCUUGCCAAGUCGUAUACCCCAGGGAACCCUCCCAACCCUGCUUUUCCUUCAUCUUCCCAGAUAGCGUUGGCUUUAAGACAAGCUAUUGAAACUUACUCGCAGCCCUACAACAUGCACAGGAAUGAGGAUUCGUAUCGGCAAGAAGACGGUAGCAGGGACACUCCGGGCCGGAAGUAUUUGCUAAGCGAUUAUACAUCUGUCGACUUCAGACGCUCGGAGCUUGGAGGGGAGGAUAACUUCUGGGUGGAGAUGGAGGAACCGUUAAGAAGGCGGCCGUUGGUGAUAGUUGUAGCAGCGGUUGAAAAUGCUGAUAACCUUUCAGUGGCGAUGAGGAGAUGCUUUACGCAUGAGAUUGCCGUGAAGCCUCCAAAUGAUGAAGAAAGUCUGGCAUUGCUCAAACACUACCUCUUAAGACGGGAAGAAGACAAUCUGGAUGAAGCGGAUGCAGAAAUACUCUUCCAAGGUGGUGUUGAUGGACAUGCAGAGAUGGAGGACAAGGCCAAUCAGAAAAUGAAAUUGAAGGAUAAGCCCCCAAGUUUUUGUGACGAAAGUUUCUUGAAAACUGUGGCUUCACAAACUGUGGGUCUGGUUGUCAGAGAUCUUCGCGCGAUAGUGGCAGAUGCGGCGAUGUUUGCGGCCGAGAGAGUUCUGGUGCAAGUUGAGGACAGCCAGAGAUGGAGUGAUGAAACUGUGGAUGCGAGCAAUGGGCCAGGUGUCAGGAGUCGGGGGAGGGUCGAAGAGCAGACAAACCAUGCAAAACGCAAACAUCCGGGGAGAAGGACUGAUCAAAAUGUACAAGAAGAAGCAGUUAUGGAGAUCCCUGCCGAAGGCGGGAACGAGGACGAGACUCGUAGGUAUCACAAGGGACAGGAACUGCAGGUGCUUCAAGAUGAUGUGAACAAGGCACUUGGCCGGCUGAAGCUGAGAGCGGCAUCCAAAAUAGGCACUCCAAAGGUGCCCAAUGUAAAAUGGGAGGAUGUUGGUGGGCUGGAAGAUGUGAAAUCUGCAAUACUUGAUACAAUCGAGUUACCUUUGAAACACCGUGAGCUUUUCUCAUCGGGUCUGCGACGGCGAUCAGGCAUACUUCUUUAUGGUCCUCCAGGAACUGGAAAGACUCUGCUGGCAAAAGCAGUUGCAACAGAGUGCUCACUGAAUUUCUUAAGUGUGAAAGGACCGGAGCUGAUCAAUAUGUACAUAGGAGAGAGCGAGAAGAACGUUCGUGAAAUAUUCGAGAAGGCAAGGCAAGCGCGGCCAUGUGUGGUGUUUUUUGAUGAAUUGGACGCACUUGCGCCAGCACGUGGGGCAAGUGGAGAUUCCGGCGGUGUCAUGGAUCGUGUUGUAUCACAAAUGUUGGCUGAGAUUGAUGGGCUGCAAGGUGGUGGUCAGGACCUUUUCAUAAUCGGUGCGAGCAAUCGCCCUGACUUAAUCGACCCUGCAUUAAUGCGCCCAGGUCGAUUCGAUAAGCUUCUUUAUGUCGGUGUCAGUGCUGACGUGAUGCAACGUGUCAGAGUUCUCGAAGCGCUUACGCUCAAGUUCAAGCUGGAUGCUAGUGUUGACUUGUCGGCAAUUGCGCAGCGAUGCCCGCCAAACUUCACAGGCGCCGAUCUCUACGCUCUUUGUGCGGAUGCAUGGAUGCAGGCAGUAAAGAGAAAGGUUGACUGCAAGAUGAGCGAUAGCGAGGAGCACGCGGACGAAAGCGGUGACAACGAUGACGAAGAUGACGUGGUUGUUAAAAUGGUGGAUUUCAAGAAGGCCCAAUCCGAGCUGACACCGUCGCUCUCAAUGAAAGAGCUGGAGCGAUACAACCAUUUGCGGACGCAAUUUGAGGGCCAGCAAAGCUCUCGUCGGGGCUGAAUAAUCUUACACACUGAAGCUGAUUGCCCCAAAAAAAAAAGACAUCUUGCAGGUUGGUUCUUCCCUGCCCGCUGCUCGUUUUGUUUCCACAAUGUGCAAGUGUACACUGUACACGCCCUUUUUAAGGCAGAUCGGGUGGAUCUGGCGCUUAACCACACGAGAAGCGGCCAGCCUUGCUGUUUUCUGAACACUC